AUGGAAGGAAGAACAGGGGACGGCCAUGUUGGGAUUAGUCCGCCAAGAUAUAAAGGAGUACGACAGAGAAAAUGGGGGAAAUGGGUGUCCGAAAUCCGGGAGCCAGGUAAGAAAACAAGAAUUUGGCUUGGGAGUCAUGAGAUGCCUGAAAUGGCCGCGGCCGCAUAUGAUGUGGCAGCAUUGCACCUUAGAGGACGUGAGGCGCAACUAAAUUUUCCUGAAAUGGUGGAUAGUUUGCCCCGGCCAGCGAGCUCUAGCACGGAGGAUGUGCAAAUGGCAGCACAAGAAGCAGCUUCGCUUUUUCGGAGACAGAAAAAAUGUUCGGAGGUAGCAAGUGGCAGCUCUAGCAGCAGUGGCGGUGCUAGUUUAGGUCCUGUUAGGGUUGGGUUGUCACCAAGUCAAAUUCAAGCUAUAAAUGAGGCACCAUUGGACUCACCAAAAAUGUGGAUGGAGUUAGCUGGGGCUCUUCUGUUGGAUGAACCUAUGAUUAUGGGUAAUCAUAUUGAUGUAGAGUUCAGUGAUCAAUGGAGAGAAAUGGAGCAUGACUCCAUUUGGGAUUAUUAA